AUGUCAGACACCGAGGACCCGUAUGCCGUCAGCUCGGACUCAGAGUCCGAAGAGCGGAAGCCACCGCCAAAGAUCCAGAUCGGCGAGAGGAGCGGGCAGCUGAAUCAGCUGAAAACGGCACUCACCGAACAAAAGUCUUCGGAGAAAGACGAGGAGCGGCAGAAGGAAAUUGCCGAGUUGAAGGCCAAAAAUGAGGCCAAGAACAUCAAGCAGGGCUUCGAAACGGGGCAGCUUUCGGUGAGCGAGAACGCCGAGAUGGCAGCGCGAGAAAAGGCCGAGAGGGAGGAGGAGAAGUCCAGGCUGGCCAAGGCGUCUAAGGAAAACUACUCCAAGUUCAAGGACAGAUUCGAGCGGCUGGACAGUCUGCUUGAUGAGAAUUUGGAGGAGAAGCUGAAGGCGAUGGACAAGCAGCAGAUUGGGUUGGGGAAGGACGGGCUGGCCAGCGCUGUUAAUAGAUUCGAGAAGGGCGGUGACGAUAAUGGUGUACAGAAGGAGAAGGUCGAGUUCACACGGUCCGACGCCGACCGGAAAAGGGUGCUCAACGCUUUCCACGGGGGCGAGCUCCAACUGGACGACGGUCCUCGCGAUUGUGGCCUGUGCGGCAAAAUCGUGUACCCAGUCGAGCGGAUGGUGGCGAAUCGAACGAUUUAUCACAAGAACUGCUUCCGUUGUGUCAAGUGCAACAAGAAGCUGCUGGCUACAAACUACGGCUCGCACGAGGGACAGCUUUUCUGCAAGGGCCAUCUCUGGGAGGCGCUGCAUCCUGGAGCUACCGUAGCGCCUGACAACCUCGAUUCUGAUGAAGGCGAAGCGUCGGACUCUGGAGACGACGAAUACGCCGUCACCAACAAGCCGCGCAAGGUCAACAAGAACGUCGUCAAAUCCGGCGCGAUGGACAUCAGCGACGAGUUGGCGCAGAUUCGAUCAUUGAAGGAGAAGAAGGGAGAGCUGGAGAGCGUCGGGGUGGAGGAGGAGAUUGCCGCCGGGAAAGUUCGCGAGAAUUUGGGCAGAUUCGCCGCCGGCGCCACCGAAGAGCACAAGAUCGAGCGCGAGGAGCUGCACUUCGACCAGGUCGGCGACAUCAAGAACAAGUGGAAGACCGGGCAGGUCGAGACGGCUGAGCAGCAGGAGAAUCAGGAAAAGGAGGAUCUCGACGCAUUAAGGGGCAGCAUCAACGUGAAGGAGCGCUUCAAGGAGAGAACCGAGCCCGAGGAGAAGGUCGUCGAGCGGUCGUACGAUGCCAGCCAGUUGAAUACCUCUUCCGCUGCCGAAGCCCGCAGAUCCUUCAUGGAGGGCAAGGCGUUCGAGAGCGCGAGCCCGGCGAAGAGGGAGCAAGAGGAUAUACCGAUCUCGGGCAAUGCGAAGAACUUCAAGGCCAAGUUCGAGCAGGGCGAAGGGGAUGUGGAGGUGCAGAAGACGCAGGUCGAGAUCGACGGCAUCAGCUUGGGACAUUUGAAGAGUGCUUUUGAGGCGAAGGGAAGGAGUACCGUCAACAUGACCCCCGAAGAACGCGCCGACCAAAAGCAAAAAGAAAUCGAAGCCGAAUUCCUGCGCUACAAGCUCGCCCGCAAGGCGGCCACCAAGCGCGCCCAGCAGAUGGCGGAUUCCGGUGAGGAGCAAAAUGUGCUCGGCGGUGCGGACGCGGUCAGUGGGGCUGGUGUCGUCAAUAUUCGCGACAACUUCAACACGGGCAAGGCUUUCCAGGGAGGAGAACAAGGCCGGCCGACCAGCGCCAUCGACGUCGAGGUGAAGGUGGCGGGCAAGGCGCGCGCCAAGUUCCAGCAGCUCGACACGAACGCCCAGCCGAUCGCGCCCAAGGAGCAGCGACGGGAGCCGUCAAAGUGGGACAAGAAGGAGCAGACCAGCGCCGGCGAGGUGGUCAACCGACGUGCCGACGAAAAUGCCUCCGAAUCCGACGAGGACUCCGAGGAGUUCGACGUGAAGAACCUGAUGAACAAGUUCAAGAACAUCAGCGACGACAGCGGCAAGGCGGUCAACAGCGAGCAGAGAGCCGAGCUCGACCGUAUCCGGGUGCAGGCACGGAAUCUGAAGCAACAGUUCGAGCAGGGCCCAGAAGACGGGCACGAAGCGGAGGAGCUGAAGAAGCGCGAGAUGGAGGUCGAGUUCCAGCGGUUGAAAAGGGAGCGUGAAGAGAUGCAGCGGCGGCUGCAGGAGGAGCGCGACCUAGAGGAGAAGGAGCGGCUAGAGGAGAAGGAAGAAAUUGGCGUGAAGGCGGAGCACGCGUCGAAGAUGGCCGCCAAAUGGGAGAAGAUCCAUCAGAAGGAGGCGCGCAAGGCCGAAAAAUCGAGGAUGCCGACAAAAACGGGCACCCUCUCCCGCUGGGCCCCUGUUGCGCAAAUCCGCUGCGCUGCAUGCGAAAAAGCGGUGUACCCGGCCGAGAUGACGCACUGUUUCGGCUACCCCUUCCAUACACGUUGCUUCCGGUGCUCCGUCUGUCAGCAAUCGUUGAGAAUCGAAAAAGUGCAGCGCGAUCGGAACAACACCCUCUACUGCAAUGUCCAUUUCAAGCGGUUGACCGAGUCGACGACCAAAGACGAGCACAACAACAACGAGUUGAUCAACUCCACGCAGGCAGUCUUGGCCCAAUGC